CGUCCGCUAGGUUAGCAUUAGCAAGUAGCAUCGGCCUACAAUUCGAAACGUUUACGCUUUCAAUCCGUCUUUUGGUAGCUCUCCCUUGUUCAAGGUCGCAUUUUGUGUUGAUUCGUACUUUACUCAGGCUACCACAACGAGCAAAACACCGGUUAAGUACGAUUAGGAUAUGUAUACACAUGUGUAUACACACUGGGAUAUCCCACAAUGCAUUGCGCCAGAGGCGGUAGGUACAGAAAAUAAGUAUAAUUUAGAACUACUGACAUCAAAAUGUAAUUGUUUCGAACCAAGUCAUUGAAACAUUGUUACAAGUUUACACUACAAGCGCCUCUUGGUGCAGGUUAUUAGACGAAUGUACAGUCGCGGCAGUCGUCAUAACAACCGGUGACGGGCCUUGUGACGUCAUAGUUUACUCCGGAUGUAAGAAACCACACAUGUUUGGCGCCCACCUAACUUAAAAUCAAGUCUAAUACGUGGACUAAAUUAGCCCAAAUAGUAAUUUAGGUGUAUGUUGUGUACAUUUGAGACUUAAAGUUAAAGUACCACUGAUAGUCACACACUCUCCCCUUGUUCCACCCCCCUGGGAGGUGAGGGGAGCAGUGAGCAGCAGCGUCAGUCAUGCUGCAGGAGCCGCAGGAGCCCCAAGGGUCACAUUGUGAUCCGUCAAUGGACAGUCACACAGCCGCCUCCCCUAAAUCACAGGAUAUUUCUCCAGUGUUGGCGAGCAUCUUCAAGGACCUUUACAAACAAGUCACCCCGUGCAACCUAAUCAAGACCAAGGGGAGAAGCAGCUUCCACACCAGACAUAUUGCAGAGCUCCAACAGGUCCGUUCCGAAUACAACCGUUGCAUAAACGAGGCAAACGUGCUGGAGCGGCACAUCAUCCAGGCCCGGGCUCGGGCGGCCGCCACAGAGAGACGGGCCUUGGAGAGGAUGAAGGAGGAGUUCAGAGACGUCCAGAAUUUCCAGGCUCUCCCAACAGUCAGGUCAGCCUUCAUCUGGCACAUUGAUGAAAGUCUGAUCCAAACCAACAACCUGCUUUCGCCUAUGGAUUAUAUAACACCACAGAAGAUACAAAUGAAGGCUCCAGCAGUCGUAAAGCCGGAUCUCACCAGACCGACCGUGGCCUUCACCAUGCGCACACAGGCUGACCAGAUGCAGGACGCUUGUGGCGCCCUGAGGAAGAUGAAGAACGAGUCCGAGCCCAACCAGACUCUGGAUUGUAGCUCAGUGGCCUCCAAGUGCAAGAUGACGUCCAACGAGGACAAACCUCCACCAAAGUGGAAGGGCGAGCCCACUGCCAAGGACCGGGCUGAGGGCUUCGAAAAACUCCAGAAGAUGAAAAACCGGCAACGCACCCUCCAGAACCCGCGCUUCCUUUCCCCAAGAGCCCAGCAGAGGGGGAGCGCUUCCCUCAUCCGCUGCAAGGGGGGGAAGAAAGAGAUGGAGGAGGAAAGCCUCGAAGAGAAUCCGGUUCAAGUCUUCCUGCCAAGACCCGAGCUGGUGGUCUUUACCACCUACAGCGUGGGCCGCGUGUACGAGACAACGCUGGAGUUGAAAAACGUAACGUCGUCUUCCCGCGACGUGCGAGUCAUUCCUCCCAGCAGUUCCUACUUCACCAUUGGUCUCGGGAGAUUCCCCGGCGAGGGCGGCACUGUCGCUCCAGGCAUGAGUUGUAAGUUCACGGUGCGCUUCGCUCCAGACUCCCUGGCCGACUACGAGGAUUUCAUCAUGGUGGAGAGUCAGGGGGAGCAUCUACUGGUGGUCCCCAUCGAGGCCCGGAGACCCCCGCCCGUGCUCACUCUGCCGAGUGUUCUGGACUGUGCUUACUGCCUCAUCGGGGGAGUCAAAUGUGUGGAGUUCCAAUGUCAGAAUAUUGGUCUCAGCGUUGGGACCUUCUGCAUCAUCCCAAAGACCGCGUGGCCGGCCACCAACCCCAGGUCGGUGGUGGCCAACAGUUAUUCUGACCAGCCUCCCUUCGCCAUCAGCCCGUCUUUCUUUGCCCUGCAGCCUGGAGAGUCCACCGUGGUGGAGGCGGUCUUCUUUCCCACAACUACUGAAAAGAGUUGCCAGGUUUUCACGGUUGUGUGCGACAACUGCCAGGUCAAAGACAUUUCUGUUCAAGGUGAGGGUCAGCUCAUCGCCCUGGAGCUGCUGUCGGUGUCGGGGAAGGAGCAGCCCCUCAUGUUGGGGGAGGUGCACGACAUCACCGCAGACCACUUUAUCCGCUUUGAGUCGUGCAACCCUCACUCGGAGCAGCGCAAGCAGGUGGUCAUCAGAAACAACGUGCACCUGGAGCUGCCCUUCCACUGGCAGGUCAUGAAGCCCAACAUCAUGCCGCUCCUCUACAGCGAAGUCCCCGAUCCCUCGCAGCUGCAGUACCACCCCGACAGAGAGGACGUCUUCCAAGUCAGUCCUGCCGCCGGGACUCUGGCGCCCUGCCAGGACCGAGAGUUCGUGUUCAGCUUCUGUCCCAAAGAGAUGCAGGACUACCACAGCGUCUGCCAUUUAGUCCUCAGUGACGUCCCCCAGCCAGCUUUGGACUGUGACCAGGGCGGACUGCAGCCUGUGCGCGUGGGCUCCAAGGUGGGAGAUGCCACGGUCAUGGAGAUGGAGGUGAAGGGGUCGACGGAGCCCUUCCACAUCCUGCUGGAGCCUUACGCCGUCGUCAUCCCCGGCCAACUCUUCAUUUGCACCACCACCCGCCGCCUUUUCAAGAUGUGGAAUCACAGCAAAACGUCAGUCUCCUUCCAGUGGGAGAAGAUGAGCAGCAGCUGCCACCAAAUAGAAGUGGAGCCUUCUGCUGGCAAAAUAGAGGCAAAGGACUGUUGCGUCUUCACCCUGAUGGUGACUGGGGGGAGACCGGAGAAGGUGGUGAGCAGUGUGCUCUGCCACAUCCAGCAUCGCACUGAGCCCGUCACCUUACCUGUGGAAGUCACCUUCAAGGGUCCCAGCGUGACCAUCAACACGCCCAGCGUUGACUUCGGCCUCAUGCGACUGGGGGAGCAAAGCCGGACCAAGCUGUACCUCAGCAACACCACUCACCUGGAGGCUGCCUGGACUCUGCAGGAGGUGCACAAGAGUCAAGAUGGCAGCCAGGAAGUGCAGCUCUUUGUGGAGCCCUGCAGAGGCACGCUGCCCCCGAUGGCCUGUUGCAGCGUCUGCAUCCACUUCAGGCCGCAGCACUGCCAGGUGUUGGAGACCGAGCUGGAGCUGGCGGUGGAAAAGGGGACAGGAUGUCACCUGCUGCUGCGUGCCGACGUGCAGUCUCCUCAGCUGUGUCUGCUGAACUGCGAGCUGCUGAUCUCCGAGCUCUACCUCGGCGUCGCCGCCGAGGGACGCGUGACCCUUUUCAACCAGACGCUCCUGACGUCCGACUUCGCCUGGUUGGGCGAGCUGAAGGGUCAGCAGGCGUCACUUUGCUGCGCCUCUUUUCACCCGCCGUCAGGCACCCUGGGCCCAAACGCCAGCUUGGAGAUCAAUGUCACGUUCAUCUCCCACACAGUGUCGGCGCUCAACGACGUGGUGGCUCUCUGCGAGGUGGAGGGCAUGACCUCGCCUCUGGUCCUCAGCAUCCUGGCCCCCACCACCCAGAGCCUGCGGGUGUCCUAUUCGCUGCCCGAUGUCAGCGCUGACCCGCCCUCAGAAGACCCGGCGCAGUUGACGCUGGACUUUGGCGGUGACGUCCUGCUGGGGAAACCAGUCACCAAGCAGCUCCUGAUAACCAAUCACACGGCCAUCCCGGCAGCCUUCAGCAUCGAGGCGCAGUAUUUCCGCUGCCGGGGCCGGAAGCCCGUCAAGCCAGCGGAGAAAAGACCUCCAUACAUGAAGAAGCCGCUUCACUCGGUCCAAGCCAGGAAGUUGGAAGAGCAGUCGCACAAGGACUUUUUGAGUCACCUGCUGGCCAACGGUAAAGGUGCGGCCUUCUACGUCCUGCCGAGCACGGGAACGCUGGAGCCCUUCGAGACCCAAACUGUGGAGGUGACGGCCUACACCGACAUGUGGGGGGAGUACAGCGACGAUCUCGUAUGCGGUGUGGGGGACCUCCAGCCCACCCUCAUCCCCGUGCAGAUGACCGUCAGAGGAUGUCCACUCUACUUCCAGAUCACGGGCCCUCGUACGGACGACCAGACCCAAGGACCCAACCUACAGUUUGGCACUCGCGUGUCCGGAGGCGACACCGUGUCUCGCUCUCUGCGCAUCAACAACCCCACCAUGUUCGAUAUCCGCCUGGACUGGGAGACCUACAACAUCCUUGCCAACGACCGUAAACUGGUGGACGUGGUGAUUUCCUACGGACAAAGCUUCCCUCUGAGGGACGCCGACGGCACUGAGAUUGUGGGAGACGCGCCAAAGCUUUGUAACGCAGAGGCUGCUGGGAAAACAACUCAGGGCGCAGCGAGGGAAGCGUGCACAACAACAACAACAACAACAACAACAACCACCAGCCAGGAGCAACAUCAGGACCUACUUCCUGCCAAGAGGAAACUCCUCACCGUCCACAUUCGACCGCACAUCGGAGACAAGUCGGACGAGCCCUACAGCGUCACACCGCGGCAAACUGUCAUCCCGGCUGGAGGCAGCAGCAACGUGCACCUGUCUUUCACGCCGCCCGCCCUGUCGGGACAAAGUGGCGAGUCCAAGUGUGUGGGCUUGGCUCUGGGCUACAUUAGCCUGGACUCCCAGGCGGCUGCGUGCGUCCCAGGCAGAGUCCGCCGACUCCAGGGUCUGGAUUUGGAUCCCAUCAGGGUGGAUCUGCUCGCCGUGGUCAAGCCUGCAGUACUGUUGGUGCAGAUGGAGGACGACCAAGGAAUGUUGACGUUUCAGGCCUCCGCCGGAGAUUUACUCGUAAUGGAAGCAGACCAGGUUACAGUGCAGGAGUUCAGCGACAUGCAGACGUUCCUUCUGAAGAACCCGACUGACAUGCCCCUGCGCUUCAAGCUCAGCACUUGCUCGCCAUUUUCAGUGUCUCAGGUCCUCCAUCGAGGAGAGACCAGCACCUCGGGGAAAACCACCUCUGCUGACUCGGACUCUGUGCUGCUACAACCGCAGAACAGCACACAGGUGCAAGUUUCCUUCCACUGCUCGCUGUCCCUCCUGGAGCACGCGGAGACGCCCAAAGACCAGCUUCCCCCCGGAGUGACGCAGGUGACCAGUGAGAAUGGAUUCAAGCAGCUGAGGUUCCAGGAAGACCUGAUCAUCCACUACAGCAACAACAGCCUGCAGGCGGUGCCGAUCUGCACACACUUGAGGCUGGCGUCUCUGCGGCUGUCCUGUGACGCCAUCAACUUUGGCCUCUGCCUCGUGGGCCAGACCCAGAACAAAGAAGUUAAGCUGUACAGUGACGGCUCACACACGUACUGGAACGCAGUCAUAGAGUCAGCCCACGACGUCUUCCACAUGUCACCCAGUUCUGGGUUCCUGGGCUCCAAGGACCAGCAGCACACCCGAGCCCGCAUCCAACGUCUGGAGAUCAGCUUCACGGCCAGUGAGUUCAUGCAGUACAAGUCCUCGGUGGUCAUCACGUCUCCGCUGCUGGGGACUCCUCUCAUCCUGCAGCUCCGGGGCACGGGAUCGCACCAAAUAUACAGUCACUAACCACUUCUUAUACUUGAUAUUAAUAGUUACACAACAAAAAGCACCCUCUGGACUCUUUUUUUUUUAACAUGAUUAUCAUUUUUUACAGCAAUAAUAAUAAUAAUAAUAUUACGAUUGACUUUUUUGUGUGCUUUAAUGAGACUUACACAGUAACAUGUGUGUAAUUAAAGCAGUGUGACUCUUUAGGUGCCUGACGAUCCUGUUCAGAAUCUAUUCAACACAAUUAUUAUUUGUUAUGAUAAUUAUAAUGACACUUUUUCAAAACAGGUCAAUUUUUUUUAUGGACUUGUGAAGAUGAUUAAUUGUUACAUAUCCAAUGUAAUAAUCUCAUGUUUUGAGUAUUUUUCAGCCACAUGAGAUGUAGCGCUGCAGCUCGACGAAAAUGUGAAAUUAUUAGAAAAUGUGUUUCGUAAAAACGAUGUAAGCACCAGUAAAAUAAUCAUUGUAUGGAUCAGGGGUGUCCAAAGUGGGGCCCGCAGUAUUCUGAAUAUACUGUUACUAGAGAAAAUAAUAAAAAGUGGAGUAAAAAAGAAAGAAAUAGGUGUAAAGUCUACAUCUUAUGUGU